ACUACUAAAAGCGAGACACACACAGCACACAGCACACGCACAGUGACGCGGGGGAAGGAGGAGCAAACGCCGGAGCUCAGCUAGGGUUUCCCCGAUCCCGGCGCGCGACAGGGGCGCUCCCGGAGCUCGCCACUUAGGGCGGGGGAGGCUCGCCGGCGCAGCGGGGCGAGGGCUCCCUCCGACGCGGGGGGCGCGGCGGACCUUGCAUGCCGGGGCGGCCCGCCGGGGCUCAGAUCUGAGAUGGCCGACGGCGGCGAGGAGGGGAAUGCGGCGGCGCCCAGGGGCUUCUCGCGGCGGAGGGGCACGGUGCGGGCCAGCCUCGACGCCGACGAGCUCAUGGCGCUCAUGCACGGCUCGGAUCCCGUCCGGGUCGAGCUCACCCGCCUUGAGAACGAGCUCAGGGACAAGGAGCGGGAGCUCGGGGAGGCGCACACGGAGAUGCGGGCGCUGCGGCUGUCCGAGAGGGCGCGGGAGAAGGCCGUGGAGGAGCUUACAGAUGAGCUGGAGAGGAUGGACGAGAAGCUCAAGUUGACAGAAUAUCACCUAGAUAACAAAAAUCUAGAAGUCAAGAAGAUAAAUGACGAGAAAAAGGCUGCAAUGGCUGCUCAGUUUGCGGCAGAAGCUACUUUGCGAAGAGUGCAUGCAGCUCAAAAGGAUGAUGACAUGCCACCAAUUGAAGCCAUUCUUGCUCCACUUGAAGCAGAGCUAAAGCUAUCUCGGCAAGAGAUUGCAAAGCUCCAGGAGGAUAAUAGAGCCUUGGAUCGACUAACAAAACAAAAAGAGGCAGCACUACUGGAAGCAGAAAGGACUGUGCAAAUAGCAAUGGCAAAAGCUGCUAUGGUUGAUGACUUGCAAAACAAGAACCAAGAUUUGAUGAAGCAAAUUGAGAUCUGUCAUGAAGAAAAUAAGAUAUUGGAUAAGUUGCAUCGCCAAAAGGUUGCAGAAGUUGAAAAGCUUAGUCAAACUGUGAGGGAGCUGGAAGAGUCUGUUCUUGCAGGUGGUGCAGCUGCCAAUGCUGUUAGAGAUUACCAGCGCAAAGUGCAGGAGAUGAAUGACGAAAGAAAAACACUUGACCGUGAACUUGCUCGUGCGAAAGUUACAGCAAAUAGGGUUGCUGUGGUGGUAGCAAAUGAGUGGAAAGAUUCUAAUGAUAAAGUGAUGCCAGUUAAACAGUGGCUUGAAGAGCGCAGAUUCAUGCAGGGUGAAAUGCAACAACUUCGUGAUAAGCUUGCUGUUGCAGAACGAACAGCACGGUCUGAAGCUCAACUAAAGGAAAAAUACCAGUUGCGCCUGAAAGUUUUGGAAGAUGGACUGCGAGGGCCACCAAGUGGCUCUAGUCGACCGCCUACUGAAGGGAAGAGUUUCAGCAAUGGUCCUUCCCGCCGGUUAUCACUCGGCGGAGCAGAUAAUAUGUCUAAAGUCUCACCAAAUGGCUUAUUAACAAGGAGAUCUCCAUCUUUCCAUUCAAGAUCCUCUCUUUCUUCUAGCAGCAGCUUGAUACUAAAACACGCUAAAGGAACUUCAAAGUCAUUUGAUGGUGGAACUAGGUCACUAGACAGGGGAAAGGUCCAUGGGAAUGGAUCACAUUUACUUAACAAAUCUACAGACGCAGUUAAAGAUCGUGAAGCGAAUGAUGGUUGGAAAGGGACUGUGGAUGAGGGAACUAAUGAAAGUCCAAAUAGCAAUGCAGAUCAGAGAAGUAAUGAAACCACAAAUAGCAACUCAAUUGAAAUGGUCUCUGGUUUCCUGUAUAAUAUGUUGCAGAAGGAGGUGGUUUCUUUGAGGAAAGCAUGCCACGAAAAAGAUCAAAGUCUAAAGGACAAAGAUGAUGCCAUUGAAAUGUUAGCAAAGAAAGUUGAUACCUUAACCAAAGCAAUGGAAGUGGAGGCUAAAAAGAUGAGGCGAGAGGUUGCUGCCAUGGAGAAAGAAGUUGCAGCUAUGCGUGUCGAUAAGGACCAAGAAAUCAAAGCCAGGCGGCUUGGUAACUCAAAAGGGUCUGGGAGUUCUCAACUGCUUCCUGGAAGAAGCGCACCACGAAGUGGGUUGGCACGCAACUUCCAAUGACGGCGGCACUAACUUGAGGCGGCGUAUUAUUCCAUAGAGUCCAUUUCGCUCUGUAUUUGUUUCGUUCCAUUAUUACCUAUUAGUUUUGUGGUUGAGAUGAUAGCACAGAUGACCCUGUGAUAAAUCUUGGGAGCCGGGGAAAGGGUAGUAGGCUCGGAUCUGACGUGAUUGCUUCUCUGCCGUAGAGGAGGUGGCCCUGAGGCGAGGUCUAACCCCCUACGGCUCGCCCUCGUUUUGUCGUCGACGCGCCUGAUGCUUUUGUAUAGGCUGGACGGGUCUCCAUGUCCUCUCCCAUCUGUAAUGUAGCUAGAGUGUUUGCUUGGUUCUGCUCCUCCAUACCCCCGCUGCCCAGGUUGUGAAUAUAUUGUUAUUCUCACAUGAUUAUUGGCUCUCCUCUAUUUACCAUGGUGUUUUGGUUGGAAA